CUGAUUUUGCAUUAUCUUCGGGUGGAGCUAAAAUAUUAAGCAGCUUAACAUCUCCAACCUAUGAACAAUGGCCAACACAAUGGUAUAAAAUAAUGUUGGCUUCUACAAUUGGUCAUGGAAUUACGAGAGGUAAACCUCCUGUUACAGCAAUCCAACCUGAUACUCACGUUGGACAAUGUUGGCCUUUUACCGGCCAAGAAGGUCAAUUAGCUAUAUUAUUGAGCAGAGAAAUUUAUGUGACUGCAGUAACUUAUGAUCAUGUAAGCAUAAACGUUGCUAUGGGCUUAACUAGUGCACCAAAAGAGUUUGAUGUUUACGGAAUCGUUAAUAGUGAUUAUUUGAAAGUAAAAAGGAAUGAAAAGGCUUUUAAUAAUGAAGAAGAAUUAUUUUCAGAACAAAAUAAUAAAGACACAAAAGAAAAUAUAUUUAAUAAUGAUUUUGAUGAUGAAUCAGAUUCAAAUAUUAUUUUGGAUUCAA